CAGUGUGCGCCUCUAUCAGCAUGUCCGCUGUUUACCGCGGGGGGUUCUGAUUCAGCCGCUGGUCGGUGUGGGUCAGUGGAUUAGUUGUUUAUAUAGUUAAUCAGCGGAGCGCGGAGCUGCAGGAUGGGCGACAGUAAGCAGAAGGAGCUGCCGAACUUCUUCGGGCUGGGCUGUGAUGAUGUGAGCUCCAGCAGCGACAGCGAGGAGGAGGAGGCCGGGGAGAAGCAGCGGCGGCGGCGCGGGGAUCCGGCUCCAGCCGCCCCUGCAGCUCCUUCAGGUGGACACAAAGCGGCCGCAGCGCCGCUACCCGGCCCGGACGAGCUGUUCCGAACCGUCAGCAAACCCGCCUUCCUCUACAACCCGCUCAACAAGCACAUCGACUGGGAGAGCCGCAUCGUUAAAGCGCCCGAGGAGCCUGCUAAGGAGUUCAAGGUGUGGAAGAGCAACGCAGUCCCACCUCCACAGAGCUAUGUGACGGAGGAGAAGAAGGGACCUCCACCAGGAAUGGACAUGGCAAUAAAGUGGUCCAACGUGUAUGAAGAUAACGGAGAUGAUGCUCCACAGCAGAACACAGGGCGUGCUCUUUUCCUACCUGAAGAUGAGCAGCAGGAAUCGGAUGAGGAGGAAGAUGAUGAUGAGAAGCACUCCAAGUCAGCUAAGAGACGACGGGUGGAGACCUUCCAGCAGAAGGAGAAGAGGAAGAGGGACAUGGGCCAGGCUACGUCUGACAAGAACUUUGUGGAGGAAGAGAAAAGGAUCCUGCGGCAGACUGCGGAGUGACAGGAUCGGGACUGGGAUUUUUUUUUUUGUUUAGAGCCAAAAAUACAUUCACAGAGUGUCUGGACUGAUGGACAGUGAGCUGGGUGAACAUCUCUUGAGGCUCUUAGGUUUAGUUGGACUUGUGUGAUCAGUUUUUAACAAUCAAGUUUGUUUUCCGCUUGAUUAGUUGUCUCAUUUGUAUUGUAUUUUUGUAUUAGGCUAGAGAUAUACUUUCUGUUUGGCCCUGUGUUCUCAUAGACGACCUGCUGCAUCGUCAGGGUAACUGUUCACAUAUUUGCUUGUGUGCUAUGCAUGUUGCUGGAGUGUUCCACUAGAGGGCAGCUCAGGCUUCCAAUUGUGCUUCGUCCCCACUCCGAUUCUCAGGCAUUUCCUGCUGUGCACAGAUAUAUCUUUUUUCGUAUUAGUUUCCAUUUUUAUUUACAGGUUUCCAUUCCCCAUUGAGUACACAUCACGUUUAAUUUCUGAAGGACAUGCAAAACCAAUGCUCCAAACAGAAGCAGGAUACACAAGGCCACCAUUCUGUGUACAUGAACACAUAGAUAACAGCAAGUACAUCUCUACCCUAAAUUAAACAUGAUCAACAAAUCUGGAGAUCAGUAGCUCAACCGUUAAUGUUCUAAGAGGCUUGUAAGAAACUUUACAUUGUGUGUUUUUAUGUAAAUUCACCACACCUGCUGUAAAUAUUAAACUGACUCUGAACGAGG